GAAGAACUGCAUGCUGAAUAGUGUGCCUCAAGAUCACUUGCAAGUCUGCUUUCACUUGGAAUUAUUUAAAGGGAUACUGAAACAAAGAAAAGAAAAGAAGAUGGAGAAUGCUGACAGGAUGUUUUAAACAGUUCAAGUAUUUACAACACCUCAAAAUGUUGAAAAGAGAACAAGGAGACUGUUUUUUUAAACAUUUCUGUUCGCUGUCAAUACUGUUUUACUGCUUCUUAUUCAUAAAACUUGUAAAUGGAUACUCAGUAAAGAACUGUACCGUCAGAGGGUCUUUAAAAUAUGCACAAAAUAUAAAUGUGUUCUGUAAUAAGAGGUCUCUCCAUGCAGUACCACUAAAAAUACCAGACAGAACUACAUACUUGGACAUUUCUAGCAACAUCAUAUGUAAGAUAAACAGGAGGGAUUUAACUGAACUCUUCAACCUCAGAUGUCUAAUUGCAACACACAACAAGAUCCAGGAAGUAGAGGAAGGGGCUUUCAGCAGUUUGGUGGCUUUGCAGGAGUUAAACCUGGCCUACAACAAACUGAGAAAUAUCACAGGAGGGCUAUUUCAAAACCUGGUUAAUCUCACUGUCCUACAUCUGAAUGAAAACUUGAUUACAAAUAUCAAUUCCUCUUCAUUUGAUCCCCUUAUCAGUUUAAAAACUAUUAAUCUGACCAGAAAUCAUCUGGGGCAUAUAAACAAAGUGCACCCUCUCUUCUUAUUACCACAAUUACAGGAACUGCACAUUGGGAGUAAUGGAAUUACCUCAUUUCAGACCUCUGAGGUGUCUAACAUAUCCUUAAGACUGGAAGUACUGGAUUUAUUCAAAAACCCUUUGAAGGUAUUCAGUAUAACUGCAGAUAUUUUCCCUCACCUUGACAGUUUGGUCUUGGCUUUUGUCAAUGAAAACAUGACAUGGGAUGUGCAGGACAAAAAGUAUUUUCAAAGUGUGAAGAGUCUAAAUUUAAAUGGAGUACAAAUGCCCCCAGAGAAGAUCACAGGUCUCCUUCAAACCUUUAACUCUUUAGCCAGCCUGCGGCUACACUACCUGGGAGAAGGAAAAGUGAAAGCUUUGAUUAAGAAUGUCUGUCUGAUUGAUUCUCUGAAAAUUCUCAGCUUGCAGGGGAACAACAUUUCAUCCAUAUCAAAGGAUGAGAUGCAAUUCUGCACACAGUUAACCCAGCUUGAUCUCUCCAACAACAGAUUAUCCACUGUCCCUGAGGUCAUCAGCAACCUUACAGGUCUUCACAUCUUGGACCUCACCUUCAAUGCAAUAAAGACCAUAGGCUGUAAAGAAUUUGCCCACUUAACUCAAUUACGAGUCCUUCAGAUCUACACAAAUGCUGUGUCUUCUGUUGAAAACUGUGCUUUUCAUUAUAUGAUAAAUUUAGCAACUCUAAUGAUUGGAUCUAACAAACUGUCUUUUAUAGGUUAUUUAAAAAAUGGUCUUCAAAAACUUAAGAGUUUGGAUUUAGCACAUAACAACCUGGAUUCUCUCCACAAGGGAGAUUUUGAGUCCUUAAGAUCGCUUAAGAAUUUGUCCCUACAAGACAAUCAAUUAGCAUUUAUUGAACCGGGGGCCUUCAAUGGACUGAACAAUUUGAUUUUUUUGAACUUGCAAUCAAACAAGAUCUCUCAGAAUUCAAUAAAAGACUAUGUGUUCUCUGGACUUCCAAACCUAAAAAUACUUCUGCUGAACAACAACUAUAUUUCAUAUGAGAGUCAAGAGGCUCUUGUACACCCACCCUUUAAAUAUCUGAAAAAGCUAAAGACUCUGAACAUUUUUAGUCAAGGUCAUAAAGGGAUGCGUAAUUUACCCUCAAACUUUUUUAAGGGACUGAGGUCUUUGGAAGAACUUCAGGCUGAGAACCUUAAUAUUAACUCUUUACAUCCAGAUACAUUUACUUACACUCCUUACCUGUGGGUGCUGGAUCUCAGCAGAAAUGAAUUAAUUUCACUCUCAAAAGAUAUACUGCUACCUCUCCAGGUACUUAAGACACUUCACCUGUCUAAAGUUGGUUUGCAAUCUCUGGACUUUCUCAUUAAAGCAAAUCUCAGUAAACUGCAUCUGUUGCAUGUCAGCAAGAAUGCAUUAUCUGUCAUCAAUGAGACUGUGAUCCAUUCUCUUCCAACACUGAUUUACCUUGAUCCACAAGAAAAUUAUCUCUCAUGUGACUGUAGCAAUGCCUGGUUCAUCAACUGGACCAUAAGCAGCAAUGACACAGAGGUUGAGAGCGGUUAUCAGUUGACAUGCAAUUACCCAGACAAACUCAAAGGACAUAAACUCCUGGAUCUUGAUGUAGGUUCAUGUAAUAUAGAUGUUGGAUUUUUCUGUUUCAUUUCCACAACCACUUUAGUCUCACUGACCCUUCUCAGCUCUUUCCUUUUUCACUUCUUGAAAUGUCAGGUCAUUUAUGCCUACUAUCUAUUCCUUGCUUUUCUCUAUGAUAGCACACAACAGAAAAAGAGAAAGCUUAAUGGUUUCCAGUAUGAUGCUUUUAUUUCAUAUAAUACACAUGAUGAAUUGUGGGUAAUGAGGGAACUGUUGCCUCAGCUGGAAGGUGAGCAUGGUUGGAGGUUGUGCCUACAUCACAGGGAUUUUGAACCAGGCAAACCCAUCAUGGAUAAUAUUGUCGAUGGCAUUUACAGCAGCCGCAAAACCAUCUGUGUGAUUAGUCGACACUAUCUGGAAAGUGAGUGGUGUUCCAGAGAGAUCCAGGUGGCCAGUUUCCGUCUCUUUGAUGAGAAAAAAGAUGUUCUGAUCUUAGUAUUCCUGGAGAAUAUUCCAAGCCAUCAGCUGUCUCCAUACUACAGGAUGAGGAGGCUAAUCAAGAAGAGGACAUAUCUCAGCUGGCCCCAACCAGGAGAGGACGUCAGGGUUUUUUGGCAGAAACUGGGGAUGGCUCUGGGGACUCAACACACUACGGAAAAGGAGAGUCCUAUUCUCUCAAAUUUUGUGGUGGUCUAAAAUAUUGGUAUGCAGACUAAAACAACUGUGUUUAAAUGUAUUGCCAUGAUGUUUAUUUUAAUAUUGAAACACUCGGGUUUCAUUUUGCCCCUGAUUUUGUGUUUUGGGCAAUGGGGCGUUCAUUGAUGUGGGGAAUUGUCACAUAGAGAAUAGGGUUCUGACCUGUGUGAUGAUCGCCAGGCAGAUUAUUUUGAGGGGUUGGAGGGCAGCUGGUGUGGGUGGCGAUUUUUGAAGAGGUGUCAUUGGGAAGACAGGGUAACUUAGAUUUGUUUGUCGGGAACUGCAGCAAUUAUUUUGAGUUUUUGGAGGUCUCUCGGGAUGGGCAUGGAGAGAGUAGUGUAGUUUUAUUUGAGCAUGAUUAUUAUGUAUAUAUAUUUUUUGUUUGUGUGUUUGUUUUUUAAUUUUUUGUAUAUCUACUUAUGUGUGACCACAGGGAUGUUUGUUUGGGGGCAGGGUUGGGGAUUGGGAGGGGUGGUUGUGGGGUUUAAAUGUUGUUUGUAUAUAUAUAUUACGGCGUUCAAUCGAUUACAAUUUUUAUUCUAAUUAAUUACAUGGUGUCCCGAUUAAUUAAUAGCGAUUAAUCACAU